AUGUCAACAAAAACACGCAGUCACGCCUGUCAAAAUCAUCGGGCCACAACAAACAGCCAAAAUGUGUAACAGGACUACAUAUAUUUAAACAAUACUAACUAAACAUGCAAUAGCCGGGACCUACCACUUACCUUCAUAACCACCUUCACCACCAUUGUAUACCAUACCUCUCUAAGCAGCUAGCAAAAUGGUUGCGAGGAAUUACGUAGUCCCUGAACAUCACACCUACAGGUUACCGAAGCGACUACAAAUGCUCAGUCAGCCCAGAAAGUACUUUGUGUGUGACGAUGAAGACCUGCCCAAGUACACCAAGAGAGGGACCAGGCUAUCUGCUAUACGAGGACACCUCAUUGAUAAAAAUAGCGAUAUUGCGUGGCCGUACCUGAGACGUUUAAUGAUCUUGAAAAAGAUGUAUAAAUACAAAUUCAGUCCGGAACGGUUGGAACGCAUUGAUCGCAUGAUUGAGGCUUCUAAUGGCACAUUGUAUGCGAAACUGGCUAACUGCGCAAUAGAUCUAAAAAAAUAUGACGUGCGAGACUUGAAGAAAAAGAAAGGCUGGACCGACACGGAGUGGAAGAGGCACAUGGAAUAUAUUUCUCAAAUCGCGGGACCUAAAAAAGUUUUUCAACCUCCGCCAAUUAAGCGAGGGAAAUCGAAGCCUCUAGAUGCUCUGAUGCCGAGACUCAACAUAAUAAGCUCACGGCCUGACUUCAAGUGCUAUAGGCGAAUGUCGCAGGAAACCUGGUACAGGAAUCCAGAAAAGGUGGCGCCAAAUGCCCUAAAAUACGUGAUCUCCGAUAGAAUCAAAAAGCUAGCGACCCCGAGAGCAAUACCUCACGACGACUGAACCAUGUUCAACUGAAGACUGAUCACAGCGCCCGGCGUCCUUGCGUACAAUACCGAAGAAAUCGCAAACAGAACAAAAAAAAACAAAUUCAUAAACAUGUACAAUACGUCCGAAAUAACUUGGUACUCUGAAGUUAGCGUUUUCACUGUAAUUAUAAGUAACAAAGUUGUCUACGAAGCCAGUUGACUAACUUCAGACGCGCACAGUUAUACCGGCAACCGAUUUAUGACAAAAAAAAACAA